CUGCUGCAUUGUGGUCCGGCCCGGCCGGCGGCGGCAGCGCCGAGCGAAGAUGGCUGAGAAGCAGCCGCAGAAGCACGACGGGCGGGUGAAGAUCGGCCACUACGUGCUGGGGGACACGCUGGGGGUCGGCACCUUCGGCAAAGUCAAGAUUGGAGAACACCAGCUCACACGGCACAAAGUAGCGGUCAAAAUUUUAAAUAGGCAAAAAAUUCGCAGUUUGGAUGUGGUUGGGAAGAUCAAACGAGAAAUCCAAAACCUGAAGCUUUUCCGACACCCCCAUAUUAUCAAAUUGUACCAGGUCAUCAGCACACCAACAGAUUUUUUCAUGGUAAUGGAAUAUGUGUCUGGUGGGGAAUUGUUUGAUUACAUCUGUAAACAUGGACAUGUUGAAGAGGCCGAAGCCAGGCGUCUUUUCCAGCAAAUUCUGUCAGCUGUAGAUUACUGUCAUCGGCAUAUGGUAGUUCACAGAGACCUGAAACCAGAGAAUGUGCUGCUGGAUGCAAACAUGAAUGCCAAGAUAGCUGAUUUUGGACUGUCCAACAUGAUGUCAGAUGGCGAAUUCCUGCGAACCAGCUGUGGCUCGCCCAACUAUGCAGCACCAGAAGUCAUCUCUGGAAGAUUGUAUGCUGGCCCAGAGGUUGAUAUCUGGAGCUGUGGUGUUAUUCUCUAUGCUCUCCUCUGUGGGACUCUUCCUUUUGAUGAUGAGCAUGUCCCAACCCUCUUUAAAAAGAUCCGUGGAGGUGUCUUCUACAUUCCCGAAUACCUCAACCGUUCAGUUGCCACCCUCCUUAUGCACAUGCUGCAGGUGGAUCCACUCAAACGAGCAACUAUCAAGGACAUCCGAGAACACGAGUGGUUCAAACAAGAACUGCCCAGUUACUUGUUUCCAGAGGAUCCUUCUUACGACGCCAAUGUUAUUGACGACGAUGCCGUGCGGGAAGUUUGUGAAAAAUUUGAGUGCACUGAGUCAGAGGUGAUGACCAGCUUGUACAGUGGGGAUCCUCAAGACCAGCUUGCGGUUGCUUAUCACCUUAUUAUUGACAAUCGGAGAAUCAUGAACCAAGCCAGUGAGUUCUACCUUGCUUCCAGCCCUCCCACUGGCUCUUUCAUGGAUGACACUAUGCACAUCCCUCCAGGGGUGAAGCCCCACCCGGAACGGAUGCCUCCUCUCGUAGCAGAUACUCCCAAAGGAAAGUGUCCCUUGGAUGCACUGAAUACCACUAAGCCAAAGCCGUUGACUGUGAAAAAAGCCAAGUGGCAUUUAGGAAUACGGAGUCAAAGCAGGCCUUAUGACAUCAUGGCUGAAGUGUACCGUGCUAUGAAACAGCUAGAUUUUGAGUGGAAGGUGGUGAAUGCCUAUCAUCUUAGAGUCCGCAGAAAGAAUCCAGUGACGGGAAAUUACGUGAAAAUGAGUUUGCAGCUUUAUCAGGUUGACAAUCGCAGCUAUCUGUUGGACUUUAAAAGCAUUGAUGAUGAUGUAAUGGAGCAAAGGUCAGGCUCUUCUACACCUCAGCGCUCCUGCUCCGCAGCCCGCUUGCACAGACCGAGGCUGAGUCUCGAUUCCGCCACCGCCGAUUGCCAGUCGCUUCCUGGGUCUCUCAUGGGCUCCUUGACCGGGAGCAUGACCUCUGUGACACCUCGUCUCGGUAGCCACACCAUGGAUUUCUUUGAAAUGUGUGCCAGUCUCAUCAUGGCGCUGGCUCGCUGACAGGUAUCAUUCAGAAGCUUGAUUUCUUUGCAAAAGCUGCAUGUCAAAGGAUCAUUUGGGCAGGUGCAGCAAGGAACCUAAUCCUUGAGGUAGAAAUCCCAGAUUCGGUACCCAGAAUAUAUGAUGUAUAUUAAGGGAAGUAGGCAAAUGUGUUCGAUUUUAUGUAAUCCUUAUUGCAGAAUUUGCUUCUUUCUUUUUGCAAGGAAUUUGGAAUAGUUGUGUUAGAAGUUGCAGUAGAAGUGGAGGUAGAAAGCAGUGGAGGAGGGCUUUGGGCCCGUUGUCCAACAGCUGGUCACUGUCCAGUCUCAUCGCUUGCCACACUAAGCUUCAAUUAUGCAGGAAACAGCAACGUCUGCCAAAAAUCUGAAAAAUGUCUCCAGUCACAGAAUCCACAGUGCCCCGCCAUUGUAAACAUAUCAGUGCAAUAAUGUUCCUGAAUACUUGAGUAUUGCUCCAAAGGAUUCUGAAAAAAAAUGAUUUCAGAAAAUGUAUACUUUAUCCUUCUGGUGGGGUUGAUUUUCACUUUACGCAUGUGGAAGAAAUUUUCACCUUUGCUGUUCUUUCACCUACUGUAACAUGUAAAAUCACCUUUUGUAGAAGGACUGUAGCUUGAUGAGAAGUGCAAUUUUUGAAUGUUUUCAAUCCCACAUAUCAAAUAUUUACAGGUUUUAGUCUCAGGCAUCUCUGGCUAGGAAACAGUUGAUGGCAAGCCUCUGUGGCCAAGCUGCAAUGUAACAUUCUCCCUCCCUUCCCCACUCCUGCCUCGUGGAAGCGCUCUUUGAAUGUUCAGAAGUCAACAGGAAUCUUGUUCCCUGCUCAUAGGUUCAUAUGAAUGAACAGCUGCAGCCUACAAGUGCACUCCUCCAUUCUAAGCACACUACUGUAAAGUAACGCACCACAGCAGGAAAAACCCACAAUUUCCUAAAACAGUGGAGAGCAGGAUUUAAAUUCUGCUGACCAUUAUAGUCAACAACAGUGGCCUGACUCUAUUAUAUUAUUGUCAUAUUGUGGCAAAAUAAGAGAGAGAAUCGGGUAUUACCAUUGAGGAACAAUGCACAGGCAGUUCUCCAUCCAAUAUAUCCUUUGAUUUAGUCCUUUUCUGAAUUCAGCACACUCUUAACAUAGUUUGAUUACUGCUAGGGUGUUUCACACCCUUGUAGAGAGUUGUAGAUCAUGGGUGGCUAACCUGAGGCUUCCAGAUGUUGUUGGACUCCAGCCCUAAUUGCUGUGACUGGGAAUGAGGGGGACCUGUUGCCCCAAACAAACAAACAAAAAAGGGUGGAGGACUACGGGUUAGCCACCCCUGCUGUACAUCCUCAAAAGACAAAUCUGUUAGAAUGAAAGAGAUGGGUCAGUAUGCAGAGUGCAAGGCUGUAAUUAUACAGCAACCGUGCCAACAAGGUGCACAAAAGGACACACCAUUUUGUGUGUGUAUACACACACCCACCCCUAUAAUAUAUGCCUGCAGUGCAUGUACCAGACCCACCUUGCCUCCUCUCUUGCUGCCCAGAAGUGACUGAUGGGUGUGUGUACAUGUAUCCUUUGCUCUCCCCUCUUUGGAUACUGAAUCUCCUAGCUGGCAAUCACUAGAAGUCAGUCAGCACUUGAAUGCUGGAAAAAGCCUUUUGUGACAUGGUUGCACAGGGCUACCAUCUCAUUUAGUAAACAUCCCACAGCAACAUUUUUUCACAGCUUUAAUUAAAGUUUUGCAUUUGGGAGUUUCUGUUCCCUCCAAAGGAAUUCUUUCCACUACAGCCUUUCAUAACCAUUUUGUGCUCACUGCUGUUCAUUGUCCUGGGCUUGUUAAGCUCAGACCACCUACUAUAUCCCAUAAGCAAUACUCGCAGCCUGCUCUUAAUCACAUUAUUAGUCUUCCAUCAAUCAUUGCAGCCCCUGCCUUGUACCAGAAAUAUCAAAGCGCAAGGCCUGUAUAUUUAAAUGAGGAGCAAUCAUUAACCCCAUGGCAGCUGUAGAGCAGAUAAAGAUUGCUGUAACCAUCUAUGUAAAACUCAUAAUAGUGGGAUGGGGGAGAAAAAAUUAUAUCUUUCUUCAGGAGUGAGGUCCUUUGAUAACACCCUUGUUCACCAGCAUAAAGCAAGAUAAUUAGAGAGUGUAUUCAGCAAUACAGCAGGAAAGAAGGUAAUGGAUAAAAUUAGGAGCAUUAAGGUAAAGAAUCAAAUGAAGAAUAUCCUGACUCGCAAGAUGAAUGGACCUCCGUUCAGGACUGAGCCUGGGAUUUUUUUUCUGCUGUGGCUUCAUUCCUCUUUUUUUACCAUAUCUGCUUGAUCCUGAUUCCAACACAGAUCUUCAUCAGCAUAACCUCUUCAAGAAAUGACUUCUUAAUUGUAAACAGAUAAGGGCAUUGGCAGGAUUAUUGUAAUAACCUGCAGUUUCAUAAGAGUAUAUAUUUAAAGUAGAUGAGUAAAAGAAUAAGUUAACUUAGAAUAUGCAGGGAAUGAUAAAAAUAAAAUUAAGGAAUCUCAGAAAGAGGAGGAAGUAAGUUGAGUUUUGAAAUGUUAGAAUGAUUGUAAAAGUAUUGAAAUGUAUAUAACUGACAAUCACAAAAAAGGGCUUUAAAAAUGUUUAAUCCAUGACCUUAAAAACCAAACCAAAUAAGUUUUUAAAAAUUCAGAUACAGGAGUGCAUUUCUUGUCAAAAGGCCCAGCUGGUCGGCAUUCCGCUACACAGCCAGCUGUGGGAGCAAGAGCAGGGCAGAUUCUGCUUGCCAUAAAGGCUAGACAAUCUGUUUCCCACUGAUGAAGACCAGGCAUUCAGUGCUCAGGACGAACCAGUUGCUCCCAGGCCCUAUUGUCUUUUGAAACAUAUUAAUAUGUCCUAAGAGAGAUAACUAGGAAUCCACAAUGGACUCAACCCCUCAAGGUGUGUACUUUGUCGGGGACUUGGGUCAGGCUUCUGUAAUCCCCAAGAUCUGAAAAUUUACUAGGAGUCAAGAGUGUUUCCCAGUCUUCUCCUUUUCUCUCUACAGUUAGAUCGUCAACAUCUUUCAGUGCUUGAACCAUCAUUAUGUUGUCUUUUGCCCCCUUCUUUCUCAAUUCACCUUGUUGCUUCCAACCAGCUCUUCACAUCUGCUAAAAAUAAGACAUGCCUCUCAUUGUUUCCAUACCUUGCCCUCCGUGACCUUUUCCUCUAUUCAGACUUCUGUUGAAUUAUAAACAUAUCAGCUUCCGCUUUCCUUCUUCCUAAUGACUGAGCCAAAGCUCGUCCAACAUAGAGCUACAGUGGGACGAGCUUUGUGUCUUGAAUGUUUUCUGACCGCGUGUAGUGGGCAUUCUGCAGUAGGGCAGCAGGCAGAUAAUCAGUCUUGAAUGUUGCAGUGCAUCAGCCAUGCUGACCCAACAUCGGUUUGCCAUCUCAGGAUGCACUUUCUUCACAAAUGGCAUACGGUUGGCCCUGAAGUAGCCCUUCACAGUGGUAAAUAUAACAUCUUGGUGGGCUGUGCUGUUUCAUUAGGCAAAAAGAAAGAAAGGUAUUUCAUACUCCACAAAUCACAGGUGCUCAUAGUCACAACUGAAUGAGAAAUUAUAAUACAGAGGGAGGCUGCACCGGUCAGACUUGUCAUUACGUUGACCAAAAUAUAUUUUGGCAGCCUCAUAUGGGGUUCCCUGCAUGGUACAGGCCAGUGCCCUUGAGGUCUAAAGAGUUUGUUUGAGUUUUGCAUUUCAUUUUGAAUGUUCUUCCUAGUGACAAAGAUGCUGGCUAUUCCCCCCAACCGCCCAAAACAGGACAGCAGCCAAAUUUACCUUUCUAAUAUAAGAGCAGAUAGAAUCCCUUCCGUGUGCUGUUUCAUGAAAGCUGGAAUGUAAAUUUGACAAUACUGUUCCAGACCUCAGGGCUUCAAUGUACCUCCAAAGCUUAAUUGACUGUGACCUCUACUGAUACACUGAUAAAGCAGGAAUAACUUGUGUUUUAUUGUUCCUUUUCUGCAGGAUGGCUGAAGGAAUCAGGUUUUCUAAAUUUGUAAUAACAUGCCAUUUUUAAAGGGUAAAAACCUUGCUUUUAGGAUGACAAAGCUAUAGCUUGUGUGGAUGUUUCAGUAACAUUUUUUUUGGGGGGGGGUGGAUUUUAUGUCACUUUUCUCUCAAUAAGUAUUAGCUGCUUUUGUUUAAUUUUAUAGUGGGCUUGAUAUCAAUUGCCCGAUAAACUAAAAGGAAGCAGAAUAGGCUCCAAGUCAAGACAAGAGGGCCAAAAAACUACACUGGGGCCAUAAACAGUUAUUAAAAAUAAAUAAAUAGUAAUAAUGGGAGAACAGUUGUCACAGCUUUAGUCAAAAGCCUCUGUAGGGAAACAUUUGCCAAACAAGUCUUCUCCAUCAUUGUUACAGCAUUGUUUUAUCAAAACCGUUUUUCAGUUUCCCGUUUGUUCUGAACUACUGCAGGAUAUUCAUUUUCCUAGGAGGCACUAUGGCUUACUUCACACAGUCAUAGGAAAGGACUCGCCUUGACUGAAGGAGUAGCAGGCUGUACCGCUGGCCCUGCUCACCCAACAUUGCACGGCUUUCCUGUCCCAGACACUGAGCACAGGCAUGUAAGUGGGGAAGCCUCUGUGCGUACAUCUCUACAUGUAUAGGCUCCCCCAAGCACCCCACCCACCCGUGCUCAGUGUGUGGGUGCCAGUGUGGGUAAGCUGUGCAGUAUCUGGGGCUACUCUCACAGAACCCGUUCACAUGACUAAUACAUGAAAUACAGGCUAUAUUCUGUGCAAUUCUGCUUCUUUGAAUUCGCCCCCAGUUCUUCAUCUUGAAAUGCUCUGAAAGCAGAAGCUCACUCCGUAUAGGGAGCCCAUCAGUUUGGCCGAAGGAAAUAGUUGGGAGAAGAAAGACAGCAUUAGGGAAGAGUUAGCAAUAUAACUAUUUCCACUGCCAGUUGAGUGGAAUGUCAUUGUCUUUUCCUGGGCUGUUAAAAUAUUUCCCAUGCAUAGUGUAUAGGAACAGGUUUCCUUGGCCAACUCUUAACCCUUACUUACAUGACAGACAUAAAUUCUUAAAUUGCUACUUUUAAAUUUAGCACUUUUAUUGCACUUUACCUCUUUUUAAGAAAGACACUACUAAUAUUGGGAGCAGGGGGGGGAAGAAUCAGUGCUACUUUUUAAAUAAAUAAUUUGAUACUGCCACAGGCUAGAGACGGAGAAUAGUUUUAUUAGUAUUUCUGAGUGGUUAUAAAUUAUUUGUAAUGUCAGUCGCAGCUGGGAGCAUUGGCCAAGAUCUGGCACCACAGACGUUGCUUGCCAAUAGUAAAAAGCCACAUCUCGUGUGGAAACAUCCUUAUUGUCAUACUUCCACUGUGGCAAGAAUUAGAACUACAGUUUAGAAGCAUCUGAGUGUCAGGUGCUUCAAAACAUCUGCCAAAGCGAUCACCGACAUUAAAGACUAAUUGCUAUUCUACCCUUAAAAAGGCUGUGCUAACCUUUUGGGGGGUCCAUGAACACAUUUGCCAUGUGGGCAAAUCAUUGUGGGCACCAUCCACGCACCACACUACAAGAGAAGACUUCUUUCAAGCCUAAUUCCAGUAAGGCAAAGGAAUGUAUGCCAGAUAGCCAACACACACCUGCAAAUAUGUAUUUGAGCAAGCAGAAUAGAUGCAUUUAUGCAAAGCUGAGCACUAAAGCACAAUUUUCAGCUGCUGGUUUAAUGGCGUGUUGCAGAUAAGAAACCACUAGCUAUUUUCUAGAAGGAACACUGGAUAAGGAUUUAAAAUAGCACAAUAUAAUACAGGAUAAAUUCUGUAGACUUUAAACUUUGUUUCCAGUAAGGGUACUAACCUUGCACGAAUUUUUCCCCCCAGUGGUCCCUGCUGCAUCUGUGGUAGAAUCGCACCAAUUUCUUCGCAUCAUCACACACUGAGUCAUAUGACAUAAUUUACAGAUGUAGCUUAGUAAGUCUAGGCAAUUUGCCGUUUAUUAUCAGUGGUAGCAUAUUGUUUUUAGGAGGAAGAUCAGCCUGAGCUAGAGAAUACAAAACCGUGCCUUCUCAUAUCAGCUGCUAAAAAUCACAAACGAUUCAUUUCCGCUCAUUUAGUGCGCAGCCUUCAGUACCCGAGGUGCAGAUUUUUUAAAUACUUGAAGUGUGCUUGCUGUGUUCUCACGUUGCCUCAGAGUUUGCAUUUGCAUGGGAUAAAACUUCUUGUUGGAAACCUCCUGUAGAGCAGCAGCUGGGAUGCCAUUGUGGAAGAGCCAUGUAGGUCUGUAUUUGUGCUCAUGCUUUUUAUAUGCAAAAGGCCCAGAGGUCAAUCCCCAGCAUAGGGUUUGGAAAGACGACUGGCUGAAGCCCUGCGGAGCUGCUGUCACUCAGUGUAGUUAAUACACAGUUAUUUGAGCCGGUAUUUUCUGACUCAGUAUAAGGCAGCUUCCUAGUCUUGAGGCUGAAUGCUGUGGCACCUACCCUGACAUUUUUUUUAUCCAGCUAUUUUUUAAAAAUAAUUUGUCACUCCUUUCUUUUCUCCACUCCAGUCCCAGGUUAUCCAUGACUUAUUUGGGCUUCAAGUUCAUCCCAUCCAGUGUUUUAACAUGUUUGCUAUUAAGAUGUGGCACGCUUUUAUAGGAAGCUAAAGUGUGUCCCAAUCCACCACGUACAAUGUACAGGAGGAGAUUCUGAAGGAUGCCCCAUUCACUUCAAAGCAAGUAGCAGGUCCACAGGCACAGCUCUUUGCACAUGUAGGGCUGCCCUUCCAUUGAAGUGAGCAAGAAAACGUUUGUGGGCAGGAGAACUUCCUCUAUGCACACUAGAUCAGGUACCAGGCUGUGGCUUACACUACAAGCAAGUUAGCAUACACGCAAAAAGUAACAGUCAGUGCUCUUAUGCCUUUCCUCUAUGUUUCUCCAAAGCAGCUCCCAUGCCAGAAAAGGCAAGCCAUUACUCAGUUCAAAGCGUUGUCUUGUCUCUUCAGGAGUCACAGUUGCUUUCAGGAAGAAUUAAUAUCCCAAAUGUAAUUUCUCUUACUUGCACGCAAGUGACUUUGACUCAAGAACGUCAUAAGCUAUGCGGCAAAUUGCAAUGUGUUGAUUUUUCUGGUUGUGGAAAUUCUAAUUUACUGUAAAAUUAAGCAUUUAAACCCUUAGUAAAUGCAGUCUUCUAUGCAUUGAACAGCAAUAUUUCUUUACACACAUUUACUAGACAAGAAACCUGGUCACAAUAUUAAAUCUUCUAAUUCUCUGUUACCCUUGCGUUCAGAUAAAGUAUAUUCUCCCCUCAAAAAGCCUUGAAUCUCCUGCUGAAAAUGCCUUAACUGAUCAAACUUAUUUAUGUAAUUUAUUUAUUUAGUGUCUCCAUGUUCAUUCAUGCAUUUUUCUCCCCAAGUGGUGAAUGUAUCCUAACCUCACAAAGCUCUGAAAUGAAUACCAAUGAUACAGUAGUGUUUAUUCUUACUUUGGAAGUGAACGCAGUUUUUCUGUGUUAAGAAAUCUUUGUAUGUAUAUUUUGUAAAUCUAGCAGCAUUUUCUUCUUCGGUGUGCACAACAAAACUGCAAGCCACCUGACAACUGUGUCCUUGAACUACUUGUAACUUGGGUAAUAGCAGGGAAGCCUGUGUCGUGCAGCUUCUCUUAUGUAAAAAUGGAGCAAUGCCAUGAACUCUGGAUACCCAACCUUCAUUAGUGGACAAAAGUGGAGAUAGGCAAGCUCUCUCAAAUGUACCUGUGGAUUAACUUUGAUCUCCCAAUUGUUGCCCCAAAUUAUUAUAUUCAGAGCUAGUCUGAGAGCUCAAAAGAAUGCUCCCAGUGCAGCCAGUUUUCAGAGUUCCCAGAUGCCCUACCUGCUAGCCCACUUUCCUGAAACUAACUUCCCCUUUCCUUUUGGUCCUUGAGAGAAAUAAUCUAUUUCAUGGUUCCCUGGAGCUUCCAGGAUGCUGCUUAUCAGUACAGGAGGAAUAGAGAGAAAGAGGAAAAGAA